GAGUUAGUAUUUGUUUUGUUUUAUUAUUCUCAAAAUUCUGUCCUAAGACGCUUGUUUUCUGUGGUGAGAGAUCAAUUUCCAGAUUGCAUUGCUGUGUGCAGUGAGCGAGCAAUCUGUUGUCGAACCAAAGUUCUCCCAGUCUCCGUGACCCCGCUCAUCUUCCCCGGGCUCCCGCUACUGCAUCUCUUCUCAAAUUUACAGCUUGUAUUCGUCUACCUGACCAACAAGGCUUCAUGUCUUUCUUAAUAAAUGAGAGGUGUGAUUUUAGGUCAUAAACUGACUACAUCAGUCAGGGGGCCUGAUUUUUGUUGGCAUACCGCAUCUGGUAGUUACGCCAUUGAGAAUUCUGUGCCAAAAGUCAGCGCCUGUAGCGGUGACCGUCCGAGGGUCGAUGGUAUGGUGGGAGGUAGCUGUUUGCUACUUUCUGCGCUGGCAUUGGUUUUAUACUGCCCAUGUUCUUGCGUCAUCCUGCUGCAGUCCUACGUUGUGAUUUAAAAAUCACGCUCACUAAUAUUAAUUAUGCAUCUAACCACUAAAAUUUAUACAUAGUAGAUUAACUGGCGUGUGAACUGUAUACGUGAACAGUAAUUCCCUGUGCUUAUGAAGCAAUGAUGGUCUAAAGACAUUCGGAACUGCGACUUUAAAAUGAAGACGAAAUAUAUUACUUAGGAAAUUCACUUCAGAUUCUGGGUAAUUAAAUAUUCAAAGAUGUUUUCCACAAUUCAGUCGACAGAUAUGCAAACCUUGGUGCUUUUUUCGUGCUACUUUCUUGUUUCGCUUAUUUUACUACCCUGAAGAUGGAGGUGACAUGUUCCUCCAAAACUUAUGUUCUCUUUCAAGGUGCUACAGGGCGUUAUGUUCCAGAAGGCUGAAUUCUUCUAGUGCAAUGAAGUUUCAUUAAUUUAUCGCCAGGCCUGUCUUAACUGCCUAUGAUUUUGUCCGCUUGUUUUCAUGUCUAUACAUAUUCAUAAGCCGGUCUCCCCUUUAACGAAUUUUCGCAAGAAUUUAGAAUUCACAGUAAAAUUGAAAGUUCGAGUUAUGAUUACUGUUCCCUUGGGUAUAAUGCUAUUUAUUUGUACGUAGGCCUGUAAAAUUAUCAGGAUGGUACGUGUAAAACAGAAAUAAUAAUAAAAAAACAGCGAGCCAAAAAAAAACUCACUUUCAUUCCUCGUAAAAUCGAGUAAGAAUUCCGAAAAGGAAACCAAUAAGAAGACCAGAUAAAUCGAAAUUAAUUCCCUUACGCGGCAACGGCAAAUCAGCUUAAGGGUUUGAUUUGUUGCAUUCUGGUCCGUCACACUACUAAGUUUACAAUUAAGUUUAUUUCAGUUCAAUGUGACAUAUAAUGCGUUUACCACUUCAGCACUUAAUUACCUAACAUGUUUCGAUUCUUAAUGAAUCAUCAUUGGAGGUAUACCGCUACGAUCAGGAAUCCACCAGUCGGGCGGCGGUCCUGUUUGCCACAUGAGGCCUGGCGUUGUCAUGGAGGAGAACCGCAUCGUCCACGAGAAUCCCCGGGCGCGACUGCACUCAUUCGGAUGGGAGAUGAUGGAGCAUACACCGUAUAGUCCAGACCUCGCCCCCAGUGAUUACCACGUGUUCGGUCCACUGAAGAAGUUCCUGACAGGCCAGAGGUUCAUUUCCGACGACGACGCGAAAACCGCUGUCCGGCGGUGGUUCCGCGCUCAACCGGCCGAAUUCUACAACAGCGGCAUCUCCAAGCUAGUGGUGCGAUGGGACAAGUGCCUGAAUCGGGUUGGUGACUAUAUGGAAAAAUAGUCAAAGACUGGAUACCGUGCAAUUGGUCAGCUACAGACGGAUCUGGCCACCACCGCUAGUUCGCGUGUUGAGGGGGACCGCUCCCGGGGCCCCUCACCUGGCCGUAGUGUAAGGAAGCGUAUUGAAGGCGGUUCGAACCUCUUCGACAAGAUGAACGAGAGGUUUUACACUGACAAAACUGUUCAUUCCUCACAUGACGACUUCUCGCCAGUUGCGACUCUGUCGUUAGGUCGAAAACAAUUUGCUAUGCGCAGGUUGUUCCAGCAGCGCUCUGGCUGCGACGCCAGGCGGUUUUCAUCAGCGAUCCCCAGCACUGCUCGUGGGACUGCGGGUGAUGUACUGGCUCUGUCCCACCUUCCCCUGGGGUUGCCACCACCCGCCCAACAGCGGCGGAAGUUCAGCUUCCCAGCAGCACUACAUUCCAGCCUGCUAGGGCUCACUGGAUCUGCUGGAGGUGAAGCCGGAAGUGUUGUUGCUGGUUCAGCAAGGCGACGCUUCAGCAAUGUCAGCGAUGCUGUCUCACGUAAAUUAUCGAAUACCAUCGGUUGGCGGACAGCACCUAUACCAACGCAAGAGAUAGUGGAGCAAGGGAAGUCGCUAUGUGGACAGUAUAUUCGUAGACGCUUGAAGCGCUCUGGUGUUUUUAAUAGGAAGUGUGGGCUUCAGAGGUUAAGGACAGCAGCUAAUUUACCGGGAGGUUACGUCGUCAGAGACGUGUUUCCGGAAUUAGCCAGUAUAGGACAGGAGCUGGAGAGAAUGUACCCGAAACUCUAUACGUCCGUGGCUAGACAGGCGAGUCCGUCUCCCGGAGGUGGCAAUUUAACGUCGGAUAAAGCUGCAGGUGUCGUCUUAACAGCAGUAGCACGCGAAUUGUUCAAGGCGGAUGUGACGUGGGGCAAAGUGGUAUCUCUGUUCGCGGUGGCGGGAGGCUUAGGUGUGGAUUGCGUGCGGCAGGGCCAUCAUGAGUACCUGCAAGGCUUGUUGGAAGCAAUGGGCGAAGUGUUAGAAGAAGAAUUGGCUGCUUGGAUAGUCGGCAACGGUGGAUGGACUGCCUUGCUCUCACACUUCAAGCCACCUAGUACUGAAGUGUCGGUCAGCGGGUUUCUGGGAGUCCUCGGCGCUGUCAUGGCAGCAGUUGUCUUCUUGGUCUUCAUCGCACGCUGGUUCGGAAAGUUCGCAUUCAUCUAGCUGCGCUUCCAGGGCACUGUGUCAACAAUGCCAUGCUUGCAUUGCUUUCAACUUUAGCGUGUACAGUGUUCCGUGCGUGUAAAGAUCAGCAAGUUUUACUCCUACUGAAGUGUUAGUCAUCUGUUUGCCACUUGGAAUUUGGUGGAUCUGCGAACUAUAUUAUGUAUGAAACAUCGACAAUUUAUUUAUGCAGAAAAUGGAACUGGACAGUGAAAUCGACAAGGGAAAUUUUGUAAAAAUGAAAGAAAGUGUAUGCCAGACAGUUAUAUAUAUGUUAAUUCCUUCUAAAUCAUCUCAGAGUUGAUCAAAGUAAUGUACUUGCAUUCUACCUGUCAUCCCUGCUUCCUUCCAGGUACGAGUAUAAUCGAAGUACUGAAUGCGGGAAGCAACUUCCCUCAUGUUGGCUAUAGCAAUGGGGAUUCCUUCCUCUACCCUAGCCACCUCCAGAUCAGGGAGUACACAUCGUCUCAUAAAAAGAAAAGUCCGAAUCAUUAUAUAUUUCGAGUACCAAGAAAAAUAAAUUGCCUAUAGAUAUAUUCAGGAAAUCAGUUUAUAGAAAUUACAGUUCAAAGAAAUGGAAAUAUGUUACAGUGAUAAAUGUUCACUGAGAAAACAGG